CCUGUACCAACAGCUUCCCUGUUUGCAACACACAUUUUAGUAGCAGAGCAUGUUGCCUGGUUCAGGAUUAGUUAUCCUGUGAUUGUGCUGCUUGCAGGUCGAGUACAGGGAGAUGGAUGAAAGUCUUGCAAACCUCUCUGAAGAUGAAUAUUACUCUGAGGAGGAAAGAAAUGCUAAAGCUGAGAAAGAAAAAAAGCUGCCGCCACCACCACCACCACCACCUCCAGAGGAAGAGAAUGAGAGUGAGCCAGAAGAGCCAUCUGGGCAAGCAGGAGGACUUCAAGACGACAAUUCUGGAGGGUUUGGAGACGGCCAAGCAUCAGGUGUGGAAGGGGCAGCUUUCCAGAGCAGACUUCCACAUGAUCGUAUGACAUCUCAAGAAGCUGCCUGUUUCCCAGACAUAAUCAGUGGCCCACAGCAGACUCAGAAGGUGUUUUUAUAUAUCAGAAACCGCACAUUACAGCUUUGGUUGGACAACCCAAAGAUUCAGCUGACAUUUGAAGCAACUCUCCAACAAUUAGAAGCACCUUAUAACAGUGACACCGUGCUAGUUCACAGAGUACACAGCUAUCUGGAGCGGCAUGGGCUGAUCAACUUCGGCAUCUACAAAAGGGUAAAGCCCCUUCCAACCAAGAAGACUGGAAAAGUGAUUAUUAUAGGAUCUGGAGUGUCUGGCUUGGCAGCUGCUCGGCAAUUGCAGAGUUUUGGGAUGGAUGUCACCGUUCUGGAAGCCAGGGAUCGUGUAGGAGGAAGAGUUGCUACAUUUCGCAAAGGCAAUUAUGUUGCUGAUCUAGGAGCCAUGGUGGUAACAGGUCUGGGAGGGAAUCCAAUGGCUGUGGUCAGCAAACAAGUGAACAUGGAACUGGCAAAGAUCAAACAAAAAUGUCCACUUUAUGAAGCUAAUGGACAAGCUGUUCCUAAAGAGAAAGAUGAAAUGGUGGAACAGGAGUUCAAUCGGUUACUUGAAGCCACCUCCUAUCUCAGUCAUCAGUUGGACUUCAAUGUUCUUAAUAACAAGCCUGUCUCCUUAGGUCAGGCUUUGGAGGUUGUCAUACAAUUGCAAGAGAAGCAUGUGAAGGAUGAACAGAUUGAACACUGGAAGAAAAUAGUAAAAACUCAGGAGGAGUUAAAAGAUCUUCUUAACAAGAUGGUGAAUUUAAAAGAAAAGAUUAGAGAGCUCCAUCAACAGUACAAGGAGGCAUCUGAAGUAAAACCACCUCGGGAUAUUACUGCGGAGUUCCUUGUGAAGAGCAAGCACAGAGAUCUGACUGCACUUUGCAAGGAGUAUGAUGAAUUAGCUGAAACGCAGGGCAAGCUGGAAGAGAAACUCCAAGAACUUGAGGCUAAUCCACCAAGUGACGUGUAUCUAUCCUCAAGGGACAGACAGAUACUUGACUGGCACUUUGCUAAUCUAGAAUUUGCUAAUGCGACCCCUCUGUCUACACUGUCACUGAAGCACUGGGACCAGGAUGAUGACUUUGAAUUCACAGGCAGUCAUUUGACUGUGAGGAAUGGAUAUUCUUGCGUGCCUGUAGCCUUAGCAGAAGGGUUGGACAUUAAGUUAAACACAGCAGUUCGACAGGUUCGCUACACAGCUUCAGGAUGUGAAGUGAUAGCUGUGAACACCCGCUCUACUAGUCAGACUUUUAUUUAUAAAUGUGAUGCUGUCCUGUGCACUCUUCCCUUGGGAGUGCUGAAACAACAGCCACCUGCUGUACAGUUUGUGCCUCCUCUUCCUGAGUGGAAAACGUCUGCAGUGCAGAGGAUGGGAUUUGGCAACCUGAACAAGGUGGUGUUGUGUUUUGACCGUGUCUUCUGGGAUCCAAGUGUCAAUUUGUUUGGACAUGUUGGCAGCACUACUGCCAGCAGAGGAGAACUUUUCCUUUUCUGGAAUCUCUACAAAGCUCCCAUUCUUUUAGCAUUAGUGGCUGGAGAAGCAGCUGGAAUCAUGGAAAACAUCAGUGAUGAUGUCAUUGUUGGGCGCUGUCUGGCAAUUCUAAAAGGCAUAUUUGGCAGUAGUGCUGUCCCACAGCCCAAAGAGACUGUGGUGUCCCGCUGGCGUGCUGACCCAUGGGCCCGAGGGUCCUAUUCCUAUGUAGCAGCUGGAUCUUCUGGAAAUGAUUAUGAUUUGAUGGCUCAGCCAAUUACUCCUGGUCCAGCCAUUCCAGGUGCUCCCCAGCCAAUUCCUCGCCUGUUCUUUGCAGGAGAACACACCAUUCGUAACUACCCUGCAACUGUCCAUGGCGCUCUUCUGAGUGGACUGAGAGAGGCAGGUCGCAUUGCAGACCAGUUUCUUGGGGCAAUGUAUACUUUGCCUCGUCAAGCUACACCUGGGGUGCCCACACAACAGGCUGCUAGCAUGUAAGGAAGAUUGCAAGCUGCCAGGAUAAGAGAACAAUGAGAUCAUAGGUGCGUUUGUGGUGGUGUUGUUUCUGGGACCAAGAUAUCUUUGUAGUCUGUAGCAGUAGACACUGAAAGGACUGAGCCAGAAGCCACUUUAAGGGCAUCACCUUUCCCCUUCCCUCCUCAUGGCCCACUUAGAAGAGGCACCUAUUCUCUUCACUUUUUCACAGAUCCCCUUCUCCCUUUUUGCCCCAGUGCUUAUGUCUACAGAGCCUCUUACUGCCAAGCCAGUCAGGAAUUCUUGUGACUGCAAAUCCAUUUGGAAAUUAGGUCCUGGGUCUGUGUAGUUAUUUCUUUUAGCACAAAAGGAACUUACCCAUGUGUUCCCAGGUCAAGAAUUGCAGAAAAGGUUUAGACUCUCAAGCAGCCAGUUACUCUCUGUAACAACCGAUGUAGAAUUUGUCUUUAUGUGGAUUUUUUUUGUGUAUUUUGUUUUGGAAAAAAAAUAUUUUUGAUCAA